AUGGGAGGCCCUGAAGGACAUCGACCGCUGAAACUGCUGGAAGAUGAGGAGGUACAUCUGCAGAAAGGCGGCGUGAAGCUGACUGAUUUCGAGGUCAGGGGAACUUUAGGUACCGGAACCUUUGGCCGCGUUCUUCUAGUUCGUCAUCGAAGUUCCUCAAAUGAUCCCAGUUCACAGAGCCAUUUUGCCCUGAAAGUGCUUCGCAAAACCGAGAUUGUUCGCCUUCGCCAGGUUGAGCAUGUCAAUGCCGAACGUUAUAUCCUUUCCCGGGUUCACCAUCCCUUCAUCGUCGACCUUUUUGCGACGUUCCAAGAUAGCUUGAACGUGUAUAUGCUCAUGUCGUACAUUCCUGGUGGAGAGUUAUUCACACACCUGCGACGAGCUCAACGAUUUACUCCCGAUGUGACUCGUUUUUAUCUGGCGACAAUCAUUCUUGCCCUCAAGUAUCUCCAUUCAUAUAACAUCAUAUAUCGUGAUCUCAAACCAGAAAACUUGCUUCUUGACUCUCGGGGUUACCUCCGUCUUACGGAUUUUGGAUUUGCAAAGAUCGUGGAUGAUCGUACUUGGACCCUUUGUGGAACACCAGAGUAUCUUGCGCCAGAAAUCAUCCAGUCUGAUGGGCACGGUAAAGCUGCUGAUUGGUGGGCCUGCGGAGUAUUGUGCUAUGAGAUGCUUGUUGGGUAUCCACCAUUUUAUGAUGAGUCUCCAUAUGGGAUCUACGAGAAAAUUCUCAAUGGGCACAUACAUUGGCCUCGGGGCAUGGACCCCUUGUCAAGGAGCUUGGUCCGAGCAUUUCUCAAUCCCGACCGGACGCAGAGGCUGGGGAAUAUGAUUGGAGGGCCACAGGACAUCUUAGAUCAUCCAUGGUUCCGAGGAGUUGAUUGGGAUGCGUUAGAGAGAAGGGAAAUAAAUGCACCUAUUAUACCUCACACCUCGUCUAGUGAUGAUACUAGACAUUUCCUUCAUCUUCCCUUUCCUCCCGCUGCGGAAAUACCAGGUCUCAUCCAAGAGGAGACAACAUCUGCCAUCCAAAGGUUUGACCCAAUCGCAUAUCAGUUCCUCGAGUUUUGA